ACCGAUCCCCUCCACAAUUCAAAACCAAAUCAAGAUUCCACUAUUACCCACUCUCAGAUUCGAUCAAGAAUCCAUUUUAGUAACAAGACCCGACACAACACCCACCUGCAACUUCACUCCCACACCUCAAGCAAUGCAGUUCCAAUAAAAAGAAAAAAGAAAAAACUGAAGAUAAGGAGAAGGAAGUGAUAAGAAGAAUGAAUGAAGGAGACUCUUAGUUAAGGAGUUGUCAAAGAAGUGGGAGUAAGUGAUAGUGAGUGAUGUGAUCUGGGUUUUUAUUGUGUGGGAACACUGAGAGAAUGAGGGGUGCUUUUCUUCUGUAUUUGGAAGGAAAGAUUUAAGUUUGCUAACCAAGAGAUUACAUUGGCAGGUUUGGAGCCGUGAGCUUUUUAGGGCCGUAUGGAGGGGAACCAAGGAGCAGGCGCAGCACAUGGUGCUUUUCGAUAUCUUAUUCAAGGCUAAGUUUUGCCAUACAG